AUGCCUUCACAAGCGCCAACACCCUCACCACCACCACCACCACCACCACCACCACCACAGCCAGGAGCGCGGAUCGAAAUAAAGGGCGUGACAUCCGUAGCCGACAUCCCAGCACUAUCCAAGAUCAGCAAACUGGCGUUAGAGAAUGAUCCCAUGUGGGAGUUCCGCGCUCGAUGCGGUGCCCCGUCGAUCUACGACCAUGCUAUGCAGAAGCUGACCGCGGCGAUCAACAACCCUGCGCGAUUCACGGUGUUCAAGGCUGUAGUGGUCCCCAGCAGUGUAGGAGCGGGCGAGGUGGACCAACAAAGUGAAAUCAUCGUCGGAUAUUCACAGUGGAUGCUGGGCUAUCUGGAGACCCCCAAGAUGGAUCCAUUCGCGCCGGAGGAGAAGCCUGCGGGCUCGGGCUCGGGCAGUGCCAAUGCCAAUGCCGCCUUUGAAGCCAGUAUACCAAGCGUUGGGGCUUCUGAAGCGAAGGAGAAACAGACAGGUGGUCUGGAUGCUGCUCUGGAAGCCAUUGCCUCGAAUGACAAUCAUGCAUUUCAGAAGUCGAAGCCCUUCUACUCGAAUCCCGACCACGAGGUUUCCCGGAAAAUGGGCAACGCGUAUAUCCGCGCCAUCAGGGGUAAAAGGCAUCUAUGUCUCCACGGACUGAUCGUUCACCCCGCCUACCAACGCCAGGGCAUCGGGCAGAAGCUGUUAGAUUGGGGAAUCGAGACCGCCGAUCGGGAGAAUGUGCACCUUCACGGUUCGUUGUCUGCUCUUCGCACUGUCGAUGAGAUUCUUCGUGCGCAUUUCAGCCUUGCGCCCGGCGCGGACCGUAAAGUGGCAAGCCCCGCUCCACACGACCCACUUGUUGAAUACCUCAAAGAAUCGUGUGAAGUCAUUGCUCGGCCCGGUUCCAAAGACAUCGGCAGCCUGCUAUAG